GACGUGAUAUUGCAGCCCAGUCCUGAAGCAGGGCGAGCGAGCAAAGCGGUUUCUAUCUCUCUAUACUUACUCUGUAUUCAAACAUCUCACAUCCGUCCGCUAAGGAUUUUUUGGACUACCUGCUGCCUCGUCUCUGGGCUAAUAUCUCUGGAGAAAAGACACGCAGGGACCCGUCGUUGAUCCAUAGAGAUAUACCUUCACGGUAAUUUCGUAGAUUGCUUCACCCGCCUCGUCGUUCCACUAAUUCUCUUUCGGACUGUCGUGUGUUGCGUUUUGUUUCUCAUCGGGUCAGUUUUGAUGAGAAAAAGCGACGCGGAGGAGAUGAGCCAGACGGAAGUGUAACGCAUUUUUUGUCCAUUCACUAUCAUCUUGUUGCAUUGGACAUCUAUUGUGGGCAAUGGAAAGUAUAGAUUCACAAGGAGACUGCACAUUUUGCUCUUUAUAAAGGAUGUGGUCAAGCAUGUUGGAAAAAUAGCCAUAGCAUCCGGAGUGUAAGGCCAAAUGACAUAGGAUGAAGGCUAUUCGUAACCAGUUGAUUUAUAUAUUUUCCACCUAUCUCCUGGUUAUGUUUGGGUUAACUGGUGCACAAGACUACUGGUGUUCCACUUUAGUCAAGGGGGUCAUAUAUGGAUCUUACUCGGUGAAUGAGAUGUUUCCCAAGAAUUACACGAACUGCACAUGGACGUUGGAGAACCCCGACCCUACCAAAUACAGCAUCUACCUGAAAUUAUUCAAACGAGACUUAAGCUGCUCCGAGUUCUCUUUGCUUGCUUAUCAAUUCGAUCAUUAUUCGCACGAGAAAAUCAACGAAUUGCUGAAAAACAACGAGUCUAUAGUGUACUUGUGUGAUUCCAAGAAUAUUUAUAUAUUUUUGCAGUAUGACAAGAAUUUCGUGCAGUUGCGGAGGGUUUUCCCUUACGAUUACAAUGGAUUGCAGAAGACCAACGAAGAGGAGAAGUCUGGGGUGGAAUUCUUGGUCUUGAACAAGGCGAGUCCCAGCCAAUUUGGUUGUCAGGUGCUGUGCACGUGGCUGGAAAACUGCCUCAAAUCGGAGAAAGGAACGGUGGAAUCAUGUGGAAUAGUGUACACUAAAUGCACCUGCCCCCAGCACCUAGGCGACGGAGAAUCCGAAACUAUGCUCGUGCUGAACAACGUGGUUUUGCCUUUAAAUCCUCAAACCGAGGGAUGCCUGACUCCGCAAAUCCGUGCAGGGCAGGUGUGCAACAUCAGCGCAGAGGUCAAACGGCCACCAAAGGAGGAAUAUGGAAUGAUCGGAGAGAAUACUGUAAAAAGUCAGCGGCCAAGAUCAGUUCUUGACACAAAGGCCCUACAGGAGCAAGCUGAAUCUGCUAAAUUUAUGGCACAAACUGGUGAAUCUGGUGCAGAGGAGUGGUCCCAGUGGAGCUCAUGUUCAGUAUCAUGUGGCCAAGGGUCGCAGGUGCGAACCAGAACAUGUGUCUCAUCAUACGGAUCGCACUGCAGCGGCCCGUUAAGAGAGUCCAGGGUUUGCAAUAACACUGUCCCCUGUCCAGUGCACGGUGUCUGGGAGGAGUGGUCGCCAUGGAGCCUGUGUUCCUUCACUUGUGGGCGUGGUCACCGUACCCGGACCAGGAUGUGUGCCCCGCCCCAACAUGGUGGCAGGGCCUGUGAUGGACCCGAGACCCAGAGCAAACUCUGCAACAUUGCACUCUGCCCAGUGGACGGUCAGUGGCAGGAGUGGAGCUCGUGGAGCGACUGCUCGGUGACCUGUGCCAACGGGACCCAGCAGCGGACGAGGCAGUGUUCACCCGCUGCUCACGGCGGAUCAGAGUGCCGCGGCCACUGGGCUGAGAGCCGAGAGUGCUACAAUCCAGACUGCACGGCCAACGGCCAGUGGAAUCCCUGGGGGCCUUGGAGUGGCUGCUCCAAAUCAUGUGACGGGGGUUGGCAGAGGCGGGCGAGGGUAUGCCAGGGGGCAGCAGUCACCGGGCAACAGUGCGAGGGCACAGGAGAGGAAGUCCGCAAGUGCAGUGACCAACGAUGCCCAGCGCCGUAUGAGAUCUGCCCCGAGGACCAUGCCGUGUCCAUGAUGUGGAGGAGAACACCGUCAGGGGAGCUGGCCUUCAACAGGUGUCCUUCCAAUGCCACAGGUACCACUAGUCGACGCUGCUCUCUGGAUCAUCGCGGCGUGGCGUAUUGGGAGCCUCCCAGCUAUGCCCGCUGCAUAACCAAUGAAUAUAGAUACCUGCAGCAAUCAGUAGGUCUAUCCUCAGUCCAGGGCCACCUAGCAAAUGGUCAGAGGAAGCUGGCGGGCGACGGGAUGUCUCAGGUGACCAAAACCCUGCUGGACCUCACCCAGAGAAGGAACUUCUACGCUGGAGACUUGCUGUCCUCUGUGGAGAUACUAAGAAAUGUGACGGAUACCUUCAAAAGGGCCAGCUACGAACCAAGCUCUGACGAUGUUCAGAACUUCUUUCAGAUCAUCAGCAACCUCCUGGAGGAGGAGAACAGGGAGAAAUGGGAGGACGCACAACAGAUCUAUCCGGGGGCAGUGGAGCUAAUGCAGGUCAUCGAAGAAUUCAUCCACAUCGUCGGCCAGGGCAUGAAGGACUUCCACAAUGCUUAUCUGAUGACUGGGAACCUGGUGGCCAGCAUCCAGAGACUCCCGGCUGUGUCUGUCAUGACCGACAUCAACUUCCCCAUGAAGGGACGAAAAGGCAUGGUUGACUGGGCCAGGAACUCUGAGGACAAGGUGGUCAUUCCCAAGGGCAUCUUCAUCCCACAGUCUGCAGACGUCGAUGGGUCGCCUGUCUUCAUCUUGGGGACUGUCCUGUACAAGACGCUGGGGCUUAUGCUGCCUUCACCGAGGAACCACACGGCGGUGAGCUCUAAGGUGAUCGCUGUGACUGUGAGGCCGGAACCGAGGACGACAGAGUCACACCUGGAGAUUGAGCUGGCCCACCUGGCCAACGGAACCAUGAAUCCCUACUGCGCGUUGUGGGAUAGCGCUGGCAUGAACGAUUCUUGGGGAAGCUGGUCGAGUAAAGGAUGUAAAACCGUGCUAACCGAUGCAUCCCAUACAAAAUGCUUAUGUGAUCGUGUAUCUACCUUCGCCAUUUUGGCUCAACAACCAAGAGAAAUAGGUCCACAGACCAUGGAGUCCUCAGGGGUCCCCUCUGUAACCCUGAUCGUUGGCUGUGGUCUGUCCUGUCUCGCCUUGAUCGUGUUACUAGUGGUCUAUGCUAUACUGUGGAGUAAUUCCCGUUAUUCCAGAUAUAUCCGGUCUGAGAGGUCCAUCAUCCUAAUCAACUUCUGCCUGUCAAUCAUCUCGUCCAACCUGCUCAUCCUGGUUGGACAGACACAGACCCACAAUGUAGGUGUCUGCACGAUGACGACGGCAUUCCUGCACUUCUUCUUCCUGGCGUCGUUCUGCUGGGUUCUGACAGAGGCCUGGCAGUCCUACAUGGCUGUCACUGGGAAGGUCCGCACCAGGCUCAUCAGGAAGAGGUUCCUCUGUCUGGGAUGGGGAUUGCCUGCCUUAGUGGUUGCCAUCUCCAUGGGAUUCACAAAAGCAAAAGGCUAUGGGACACUCCAAUACUGCUGGCUGUCUCUAGAAGGAGGUCUCCUGUAUGCCUUCGUUGGGCCGGCGGCAGCAGUGGUCCUGGUGAACAUGGUUAUUGGCAUUCUGGUGUUCAACAAGCUUGUCUCCAGAGACGGGAUUCUGGAGAAGAAACCGAAGCAUCGAGCUGGGCCGAUGAACGAGCCCCAUACAGGAUUAACUCUGAAAUGUGCCAAAUGCGGCGUGGUUUCAACGACAGCCCUGUCAGCCACCACAGCCAGCAACGCUAUGGCCUCUCUGUGGAGUUCCUGUGUGGUUCUUCCUCUGCUGGCUCUGACUUGGAUGUCAGCGGUGCUGGCCAUGACAGACAAGCGCUCCAUCCUGUUCCAGAUCCUGUUCUCCGUCUUCGACUCGUUGCAGGGCUUCGUCAUCGUCAUGGUACACUGUAUCCUGAGGAAAGAGGUCCAAGACGCUUUCAGAUGUCGGCUCAGAAACUGCCAAGACCCCAGAAACUGCCAAGACCCAAUCAACGCUGACAAUACCGGAACGUUCCCCAAUGGCCACGCGCAGAUUAUGUAUGUUUCCAGCGACUGUGGCGGAUGUGAAGGCAGGCCAGUGCAGUACGGCUCGGCGGCGAUCGGCUUGGCCCAGCUCAGUGGGAAAAGGACGGACUUUGAGAAAGACGUGGACAUCGCCUGUCGAUCAGCCCUGCACAAAGACAUGGGCCCCUGCCGCGCCGCCACCAUCACCGGCACGCUGUCCCGCAUCUCGCUGAACGACGACGAGGACGAGAAGAGCCCGGAGGGCCUGAACUACUCCACCCUCCCGGGCAACAUCAUCUCCAAGGUGAUGAUCCAACAGCCCGGGAUGCACCUGGGCCCCAUGGGCGAUAUGGGCGAGGGUUGCCCGGGCGACGGCGUCUCCGACAUGCGCCGCACCGUCUACCUGUGCACUGACGGCGCCCUCCGCCAGUCAGACCAGGACGUUGGCGGGCACGGCGGGAUGGGCGGCGGUCACGACAUGGCCGGCCUGGGGGGCCUGGGGGGGCCCUCGCCCCAGGGCCAGAUGAUGGAGACAGACUACAUCGUGAUGCCGCGGGCGGCGGGACCGGGGAACUGCAACACGCUUCCCACCCUCCUCAAAGACGAUAGCUCCACCAAGAUGGGCAUGGGCGUGGGCAUGGGCGUGGGCAUGGGCGUGGGCAUGGGCAUGGGCGACACACUGCCACACGACCGUAUGACGCAGCACUACAAGGUGUCGCCAGACUUCGGCCAGAGCGGCAUCGGAGGGAUGGGGGGCAUGGAGCACAUGACCUUGGGGGGGAACAUGGAUCAGAACCUGCAGCAGACGUACGGCCCGGGCGGGGGGCAGGAACACAUGCAGCAGAACCUGCCCUUUGAACCCCGCACCGCCGUCAAGAACUUCCUGGCCGAGAUGGAGGAGAGCGGAGGGCUGUCGAGGAGCGAGACGGGCUCCACCAUAUCCAUGAGCUCCUUGGAGAGAAGAAAAUCACGCUACCAAGACCUAGACUUUGAAAAAGUCAUGCACACCAGGAAAAGACACAUGGAGCUGUUCCAGGAACUGAAUCAGAAAUUUCAAACCCUGGACCGAUUUCAAGACAUACCAAAUAUGGGCAACAUGGACAAGGCCAUGCCCAACAAGAACCCUUGGGAGAGCUACAACCCAGCCUGUGAGUACCAGAACUACGCCACCAUGAAUGUAUUGGACCCCGAUGCCAAGGACUCCCUGGAGAUGACCGCGGCCGAGUGGGAGAAGUGUGUCAACCUCCCCUUGGACGUCCAGGAAGGUGACUUCCAGACAGAGGUCUAAUGUGGUCCCGAAAAAAACAGGAAAUGUGUCCAAAAUGGCUUCCCUCAUUCCUCAUGUAGUUCUCUACUUUUGACCCAGACACAUGGGGUUCUUUUGAACAGGACAACGGUUCUGGUUUAAAGUUGUGCACUGUAUAGGGAAUGGGAGUUAUCCACUUUGGACGCACUCCAGGAAGGAGACUUCCAGGUCUGAAAAAGAACCAGGAAGAGGAAAACCAGGAGUUAAAACGAUUACCAGGAGCAGGAGGAAGCGUAAAACGGAUGUACUUUGCACUGAACAAAUCGACAGACUGUUGUCACAGCCUUGGCCUAUGACAUAUCUGGAUUACGAAGACGUCAGGGACAUGAUGUGCCGAUACAGUUUAGGAGGGAAUGGCAGUGGAAGGGAAAAUAUAUUUAAAAAAAGACAAAAAACAUCCGUGUUACCUUUUGUAUUCUCACUAGUGUACUUAAUAGUGCAGUGGGACAGCCAGUUGGGUGUACAAUAUUUACCAUAAUGUGUUUCAGAGUAACCAUGGUAAGAACAGUCGGUUCAAAAAAGGUGAAAGUCUUUCUAGAUGAAUAAACCUCAGCAAGCUAAAUGAAGACAUUUGUGUCGUGUCAAUCCCAGCUUCACUGGGUCCAGUUUUAUAUUUCACAGAACUGGACCCUGGAAGCACUAUGUAUAUAUUUAUGCAGGUUUUUAAAAAGUUUAUAACAAGUCUGUUUGGCCAUUACUACACUUUUUACUUUAUAAUAUAAAAGAAAUUAUCGAGAGAGAGAGAGAGAGAGAGAGAGAGCUGCAGGCAAAGAGGAUUUUCUGUUAUAUAAAAUUGUUUGUCAAAGCUACAUUCUUCAUUGCUUUAAAUGCAAUAAAGGUAAUACUCACUUUUAUAUGAAUAAUAUAUUUCACAAACUUUAAUACUGCAGAAUCUUGCUUGAAGAAUCGGCAAAAACUCUUUCAUCUGCAGCCCUGUAUAAAAUAUUUAAAAAUGAAAAAUGUUGUAUGGUGUAAAUAAACUUUUGUCUACAUAUGUUUUACUUGUGCCAAUUUAUUUUAAUGAGAAAAAAAUGCCAACCUGAUCAGGAGUUAUAGCGUUAUAAAAUGUUAACAUUUGAACAAGGAAUGUAAAUAAAAGAGAAAAUAUGUU